AUGGCACCUUACGAGGCACUGUACGAUCGUAAGUGUCGCACUCUUUUAUGUUGGACUGAGUUGAGCGAGCGAUGUGUUCUGGGUCCUGAGUUGGUCUCCGAGAUAGAAGAUAGGGUUAGAUUGAUUCGGGAUCAUUUGAAAGCGGCUUCUGAUAGGCAUAAAUCGUAUGUGGAUUUGAAGAGGCGUGAGAUCGAGUAUUCUGUGGGGGACUUAGUUUUUCUCAGGGUCUUGUCAUGGAAAAAGCAUUCUGAACGUGAAGGACCUGUCGCUUAUCAGUUGGAGUUACCUCUGGAGUUAAACCGUAUUCAUGAUGUUUUUCACGUCUCGAUGUUGAGGCACUACCACUCUGAUUCCACUCACGUUGUUUCCGUUGAGGAGAUUGAGGUUAGGCCAGACUUGACCUUCGAGAAGGAGCCGGUUCAGAUUCUGGAGCGUGAUAUAAAUGUCAUUAGGAAAAAGUCUAUUCCUUUAGUGAAGGUUCUGUGGCGUAAUCAUAGCAUUGAGGAGGCCACGUGGGAGCCUAAAGAUGCAAUGCGUUAG